CCAGCAGCUAGUACACACUCACUGCUAGCUCUCAUCAGUCAUCACUAUAGCACGAACUCGCUCGGUGAGCCAAGCAGUGUGCUCGCUCGGAGGAGCAUAUAUAGCUUAAUUAAUUUGCUGCUGCUACCACGCACACUGCACUGACGACGAUCGAUCGAUCGAGCAAGUACGUAGCUAAGCUAGUGAUCGAUCGGUCGACCGUAGCCGUACGACGUAGCUAGUGCAAGAUCAACAAGAUCAGGAUCACGCGCGGCGCAGCAGGCCAUCCAAAUCUAUCUAUCAUAUCAAUCAUGGCUCUAGCGUCGGUUGCCAAGGUUGUUCUUGGUUCCCUGGCCUUCGGUGUUUUCUGGGUGCUUGCCGUGUUCCCGUCGGUUCCCUUCAUGCCCAUCGGCCGGACUGCGGGCGCGCUGCUGAGCGCGGUGCUAAUGAUCGUGUUCCACGUGAUCAGCCCGGACGACGCGUACGCGUCCGUGGACCUCCCGAUCCUGGGCCUCCUCUUCGCCACCAUGGUGGUGGGCAGCUACCUCAAGAACGCCGGCAUGUUCAAGCACCUGGGCACGCUGCUGGCGUGGCGGAGCCAGGGCGGCCGCGACCUGCUCUGCCGCGUCUGCGUCGUCACGGCGCUCGCCAGCGCGCUCUUCACCAACGACACCUGCUGCGUCGUGCUCACCGAGUUCGUGCUCGAGCUCGCCGCCGAGCGCAACCUCCCCGCUAAGCCCUUCCUGCUGGCGCUCGCGUCCAGCGCCAACAUCGGCUCCAGCGCCACGCCCAUCGGCAACCCGCAGAACCUCGUCAUCGCAUUCAACAGCAAGAUCCCGUUCCCCAAGUUCCUGCUCGGAAUCCUGCCGGCCAUGCUCGCCGGAAUGGCAGUCAACAUGGUCAUGCUGCUAUGCAUGUACUGGAAGGACCUGGAUGGGAAUGGGAGUCCCACCAUGGACGUUGACGGCAAGCGGAUGCAGGCCGUCGAGGAGGGGGCUGCCCAUGCCGCCGCCGCCGGCGUCGUGGAGCAGAGCCCCAAGCUGCUGCAGCUUGGCACCACCAACGGCGGCACCGGCUACAUGUCUCCGCUGAUGACUGAGAACAUCUCCACCAAGCACCCCUGGUUCAUGCAGUGCACGGAGCAGCGGCGGAAGCUGUUCCUCAAGAGCUUCGCCUACAUCGUGACGGUGGGCAUGGUGGUCGCCUACAUGGUGGGUCUCAACAUGUCGUGGACGGCCAUCACCACCGCCAUCGCCCUGGUGGUCGUCGACUUCCGCGACGCCGAGCCGUGCCUCAACACCGUCUCCUACUCGCUGCUCGUCUUCUUCUCCGGGAUGUUCAUCACCGUCAGCGGAUUCAACAAGACGGGGCUGCCGGGGGCCAUCUGGAACUUCAUGGCGCCCUACUCCAAGGUCAACAGCGUCGGCGGCAUCUCCGUGCUCUCCAUCAUCAUCCUCCUGCUAUCCAACCUCGCAUCCAACGUCCCAACAGUGCUUCUCUUGGGCGGAGAGGUUGCCUCGGCGGCGGCGCUGAUCUCGCCGGCGGCGGUGGUUCGGUCGUGGCUGCUGCUGGCUUGGGUGAGCACGGUGGCGGGCAACCUGUCGCUGCUGGGGUCGGCGGCGAACCUGAUCGUGUGCGAGCAGGCUCGGCGGGCGACGCGCAACGCCUACGACCUCACCUUCUGGCAACACAUCGUCUUCGGAGUGCCAUCCACCCUCAUCGUCACCGCCAUCGGCAUACCACUCAUCGGAAAGAUCAACAUCUGAUUGAUCGAUCGAUCUGCCAGCCGCGCGCGCGAUGCAUGCAGGCAUCAACGUAAUACGUAACGACGCCGGCUCGUCGUGGUGCAGUGCAUGUAUACUCAUCAGCUCCUAUAUACUUAUACUACGUACGAGUACGUACAGUACGUGCCUCUCGAUCAGUUCCGUAUAUAUGUACGUGGUGUGUAUUAUAUAUUAUUAUUAUGCCCCCCUCAAAAAGCUUGAAUUAAUUCACUUAGCUUUGCUA